CCCAGGAACUGGAGGAUGGUCCGGGGUGCUCCUGUGCGGCUGCUGGUCGCAGUUGUCUUCAGCCCGAUCCGCCCUGCUGUGCGAGUCGCGCGCGCGCCCAGUUGGGAAGCAGCCGCCCCCGCCGCUGACAGGUGCUGCCCUGAGGGCUCAGGGUGCGGUCCCUGGCGCAGCUGGACGCGCACGCUCGGGUGCGUGUAGCUUCCCCAGCCCAAAGCCCGCGAGGAGAGGAAGCCAGGGCGCGGCCUUGGGGAGUCCAGGGGACUGGAGCUGCGCAGCUCUGAGCCAGAAACUUUGCAGGCUCGGCGGCCGGGAUUCGGUGACAGCGCCAGCCCACACCGGCAGGUGCGGGAGGAAGAGGCGGCGCCGGAGUCUGGCGGCCGAAGAACCUUGGCGGCGGCCGCGUCUUUCCCCCGAGCUGUCCUGAAGCCGCCGGGCACUCCCGGCUUCUGCUGCUGCGCCCGCCGCCGCCGCCGCCACCGCGGGGCUCCGGGAGGAGGUGCAGCCGGAGAGGGCGGAGGAGAAGAAGGAGGAGGAGGAGGAGGAGUGGAAAGGAGGAGCAGGGGGUGGAGGAUGGAGCCCCGGGCAGCCGCGGCGGGCUCGCCCGAGCCUGCGGCGGCGUCCUCCUCCUUCCAGGCCCGGCUCUGGAAGAACCUGCAGCUGGGGGUGGGCAAGAGCAAGGGCGGCGGGGGCGGGCGCGCAGGGGUCCCAGAGCGCCGCACUGCGGACACCCCAUCGCCCUCCCCGCCACCCCCGGGGGGCAGGCGGGACGCACUGGCCGGCGUGGGUGGCGCGGGCAGCAGGUGGAGCGGCUUCAAGAAACGGAAGCAAGUGCUGGACCGCGUCUUCUCCUCCUCCCAGCCCAACCUGUGCUGCUCCUCGCCGGAGCCUCUUGAGCCCGGCGGCGCCGGCAGAACCGAGCAGGGGUCCACCUUGCGCCGCCGGAUCCGUGAGCAUUUGCUCCCAGCGGGAAGGGGACCGGCGACAACCGCCGCGGGAGCAGCGGGAGUCACGCCUCCUGGCGGACGGUCCCCGGACUCAGCUCCCUCUUCAUCCUCCGCCUCAUCCUCCCUGUCCUCCUCGCCCCAGCCUCCCGCGAGGGGAGACCGCGCCCGAGAUGAGGGGGCACGGCGUCGGGGCCCCGAGGCGCACUUGUGCCAUCAGAAGAGUUCCUCCUUGCCCGGCACCGCCUGCCUGGAGCAGCUGCUGGAACCGCCGCCGCCUCCCGCAGAACCAGCUGAGAGCCCAGUGCAGCCGCGGACCCCGGAGAAGGGCGAGGAGCUCGGCAGCAACCAGAAAAUAAAUACUGCUGGAACCAGUAAUGCAGAUGUCCCCUUGCCUGAUCCCGGAAUGUACCAACUGGACAUUACCUUAAGAAGGGGUCAAAGUUUAGCUGCCCGAGAUCGAGGAGGGACAAGUGAUCCAUACGUGAAGUUUAAAAUUGGAGGAAAAGAAGUUUUUAGAAGUAAAAUAAUACACAAGAACCUUAAUCCCAUAUGGGAGGAGAAAGCUUGCAUUCUUGUUGAGCAUCUUAGGGAACCAUUGUAUAUAAAGGUAUUUGACUAUGAUUUUGGACUACAGGAUGACUUUAUGGGCUCAGCCUUUCUGGAUCUCACACAACUGGAGUUAAACAGGCCCACAGAUGUGACCCUAACACUGAAAGAUCCUCAUUAUCCUGACCACUACCUUGGAAUCAUUUUGCUGUCCGUCAUCCUUACCCCUAAAGAAGGAGAACACAGGGAUGUGCAGAGUUCAAUCCACAGCUUUCUUCAUUGGAGAAUUUGUGAAAUAAAAACAAUGCUAAUGAGGAAGAGUUGGAAAAGAUCAAGUAAGGAUCUUUCAGAAAAUGAAGUGGUUGGAUCUUAUUUCUCUGUGAAGUCUUUCUUUUGGAGGACGUGCGACAGGCCUGCUUUUCCUGUCCUGGGCUUCUGCAGAGCAGAGCUUCAGAGUACUUAUUACCAAAAUGCACAAUUUCAGACCCAAAGUUUACGUCUAUCAGACGUACACAGAAAAUCACAUCUUUGGAGAGGAAUAGUCAGCAUCACAUUGAUUGAGGGACGAGAUCUCAAGGCAAUGGAUUCAAAUGGGUUGAGUGACCCCUAUGUGAAGUUCCGGCUUGGGCAUCAGAAGUACAAGAGCAAGAUUAUGCCAAAAACUUUGAAUCCUCAGUGGAGGGAACAAUUUGAUUUUCAUCUCUAUGAAGAAAGAGGUGGAAUCAUUGAUAUCACUGCCUGGGACAAAGACGCUGGGAAAAGGGAUGAUUUUAUUGGCAGGUGCCAGGUCGACCUGUCGGCUCUCAGUAGGGAACAGACACACAAGUUGGAGCUGCAGCUGGAAGAGGGUGAGGGACAUCUGGUGCUGCUGGUCACCCUGACAGCUUCGGCCACAGUCAGUAUCUCUGACCUCUCCGUCAACUCCCUGGAGGACCAGAAAGAACGGGAGGAAAUAUUAAGGAGAUAUAGCCCAUUGCGAAUAUUUCACAACCUGAAAGAUGUGGGAUUUCUCCAGGUGAAAGUGAUCAGAGCAGAAGGGUUAAUGGUCGCCGACGUCACAGGCAAAAGUGACCCAUUUUGUGUAGUGGAACUGAACAAUGAUAGGCUGCUAACACACACCGUCUACAAAAAUCUCAAUCCUGAGUGGAACAAAAUCUUCACAUUCAACAUUAAAGAUAUCCAUUCAGUUCUUGAAGUGACAGUUUAUGAUGAAGAUCGGGAUCGAAGUGCUGACUUUCUGGGCAAAGUUGCUAUACCAUUGCUGUCUAUUCAAAAUGGUGAACAGAAAGCCUACGUCUUGAAAAACAAGCAGCUGACAGGGCCAACAAAGGGGGUCAUCUAUCUUGAAAUAGAUGUGAUUUUUAAUGCUGUGAAAGCCAGCUUACGAACAUUAAUACCCAAAGAACAGAAGUACAUUGAAGAGGAAAACAGACUCUCUAAACAGCUGCUCCUAAGAAACUUUAUCAGAAUGAAGCGUUGUGUCAUGGUGCUCGUAAAUGCUGCAUACUACGUUAAUAGUUGCUUUGAUUGGGAUUCACCCCCAAGGAGCCUCGCUGCUUUUGUGAUUCCUAAACCAACUGAGGAUAUUCGUCCUCAGAAGAGCUUUCUACCUUCCGACUUCAAUUGAAACUGUCCAGGACAAAAGAGCAAGCCAUGUUCUAUCGUGAAAUAUUAUUAUGGAAAGUGUUUUGCAAAGAAAAACAUUUAAAUGAACGAGAUAAUUAUAUAAUUUAUUUUACUAAAAUCUUGUAAAGUAAUAACUCUUCUGAAAGAUUGUAAAUUAUAAGAGAAAUGCAGUCACUAAUAUACUUGAGUCCGUAAGAUUACUCGAAACAUAUUUCCAUGCCCCUAUGUAUCAGGUGAAUAUGAAGAAAUAGGAGUAAAGUGCUUUCCGUUGUGACAUUUUUCUAUUUUGACCAGUUAUGACGAUAUACCUUAGAAUUAUGAGUGUGUUAAUUUACCGAGGGAAAAGCUGACCUGAAAUGUUGUUAAGAAAGUUAUUUCUGCUUUUUUGUUGCUCUUUCUCCUGCCACCAUUUUACCACAUUUGACUACUACAGUCAGAAUUGGAUAUAGACCCAGUAGUCAGUCUUGCCACAGUAGGUGUGUGAGUUUUGACUCCACGUUGCACCUUCUCCGGGGCUGUGAUGACAGAGGUCCAACACUCAGUAAGUGGUAACAUGAGAGAUCAGUAAGAGAGUAAAGAUGAAAGAGCAACCAUUUCUCACAUUCACACCAGUCACCAGCUAUUGGCUCAAAGGGACGUAAUGAAGAGAAAAUCAGAGAAAAACUAACAAGCAAGAAAAGAUGGAAAUUACAUUAAACUGUCAGUAGAUAUUUGGAUGAAAAUGAAAGGCAACUCUGAUUUUAAGAAUGGAAGAAAGAGAUGUUAGAGAUAAAACUUGGUUUUCAUUUUAUAUUAAAUCAGUGUUUCUCAGUGGGUUUUUUUUUCCAUAUUCAACCUCCUAAGAAGAAAAUUUUCAUUAAAUGAGAGAAAAUAAAUGCUAAGGGAUACGAUUAGCUCAGUCAAUUGUUGAGUUUUGGAGGGGCACAAAUCAUUGUAAUAUCUAAGUUUCUUUUAUUCUCCCCUAAGAGCCAAUUUUUGCCCCCUUGGAUGUCAUAUUGCCCCCCUUUGAGGAUACAUACUGUAAAUGAGGUUUCACAUGAGCUUAACUCUGUUUAUUUUCAUACUCUUGGUAGUGAAGUCUAGUUUGGAUUUUCUGUAGUUUGCAUAUAAUAAAGAUUAUUCCCAUAGGUAAUCCAGUCUGAAGAAAGAAAAUUUGUGAUCUCUGUACGAAAUUAUUGACUAUAUUAGAGUCCAAUUAAAGGAAAGAUUUUGUUUAGCUUUGUAGAGAGUAAAGAAUUGAAUCUUGCCCUUAUGAAACCCAUACGAGAGUUUUCUUCUUUACAUCAAUUCCAAGGGUACACUGUUGUGCUUCACUGAAAUGGAGAAGUGGGGUGAACAUUAAUUCUGGCCUAAGUAAUACGACCUCCAUCAUUAUGAGGGUUUGAUGGGUUUUGUCUAUACAUUGCACUGUAUUUAUGACUAGUAGAUAAUCUUUAUAUUCUUAAAUGAAUAUCAUUAUGUCUGAGAUAUAAAAGCAUACUUCAUUAGGCUUGAUUACCUAUUAGAUCUUCAUUGGAAGGGAAGGAAAAAGGUUGUAGAAUAGGAAAGUCAUUUAAAAUGGUGAAGAUACAUGUUUUACUGGCUAUUCUGCACGUCAAGUUAUCUAGUUCCGCAUAGGAAUCCCAAAACUGGAACUAUUCCAAUUUAUCAACAGUACAUAAAUAUAUGAUGUUUUAUAUACCACUUAGCUCUACACACAUAAUUCUAGUGCAUUUUCUAUUGUUAGGAUUCUAUACAUUUCUCGUCAAGCAGAUUUCAGGCAAUGCUUACAUGUUUGAGAAAAAGAAUCUAUCAUUCAGUUUUGUCGUAAAAUGUGGAUGGAUUAAAUAUUAUUUUUCUUAGUCAGUUAAAGACAUAUUUAAGAUUUAAUUUAAAAUAAUAGAUUGCCAGUCUUAAAAAUAGUCCAUUAAUUAUCCACAGAUUAAUGAGGUUGUAUAAAAGAGGUGCUACGUUUUGAAGCAGUAAUGGUAAAGUGGUGACUGCUACUCAGAGAAAAUUAAUUUAUAAAUGCAGAAGUUCAGAUGCCAGGGUUCACUUUUUCUGGUUAGGUGGCAAUAUUGAAAAUUUAUCUGGUUGCGUUUAAAUUAUUUUAAAUAGAAUUAGUUCUUCCAUUGCAAGAACCUCUUGCAUGCCUCCUUCAGCAGGCUGGUGUUUAUCAAAGACACAUUUAACCCAGGUUCUAUUAGCUUCUCCGGCUGUAUCCUAUUCCUUUCAUUUUUUAAAAUAUUAUCAGAAUAAGAGACUCAUGCCAUAGUUUCUAAGUCUUAAAUCUUGAUUGGCUUGGUUAGUGUAGUUAAGACUAAAUAUUCUUCAUAUAGGGUUCCCAUCUCCAAAUAAGAUGGAUAAGUCUGUUUUGUAAGAUAGCUACUUAGACUUUGGAACACACUUCCCGAUAGUAGCAAUGUCAUAAAUAAUGGCAUAGAGCCACUAAUAAACCUAAUCAAUUCCUUUAUAGAGUACUAGCUGCAGAAUGGAAACAUUGCAUGUAGGAAGGAGAUUCGGUGCAAUCAUGGCUUGGUGUUCAGGAUGCCACCAACACACCUAUCCCAGUCCUACCUUCAACAUAGAGCACCUGCCUCAUGGCAAAGGCAAGGGGCCUAGAUUCUGUGGGGCUCUGAAGGGCGCAGAUGAAGUGACAGAAUGUUACACUUGGAAGGGAGCUUGGAGACCAUUUUGCGGUAGAGGAAAUUACUGAGGCACUCUCCUUCUCCCCCAGUCAUGGGGAGUAGAUCCUUCAAGACAGGAACAUUGAAAAGAUAAGAAGGGCAGAGAGAGAGGGGCUCCUGGGUGACUCAGUCAGUUAAACGUCUGUCUGAUUCUUGAUUUGGGCUCAGGUCAUGAUCUCACGGUUUGUGGGUUCGAGCCCUGUGUCCAGCUCUGUGCUGACAGUACAGAGGCUGCUUGGGAUUCUCUCUCUGCCCCUCCCUCCCUCUCUUUCUCUCUCUCUCUCUCUC